GCCAAGAGUCGCCCAUCCCUAAAAACCUUAUUUUCCUAGAAGCACACAGCACACCGCACACAGCCCACUCCCCAACAUCACUCUACCUCAACCGCCAAUAGUCCAUACAGCUGCCGUGCAUGAACAUGUCACUGCCACAGCCAAACUGGUACCAUCCCCGGGUGCCCUACCCUAAUGGGCCACAUCUCUGCCCCCCUCGUCUUCUGCUUAAUCUGCUUCGCCUGCAAUCAAAUAACCUACAUACAUAUUGUGCUGACAUCAUUUGCCCACAGCCGCCGCUGCUCCCCCCCCUCCCUCGCUCUCGCCCCCUGUACCACCCAACUACGUGGUCGAGUGCGGACCAUCCCCUUCAAGAAAACCCCUAAUAAACAGGCUCUGUAUUUUGGGAACAUUCCAUGCUAUCCUUGGGAUUCGUUACACUACAUAGUCUACAUUUAGUAUGAAAAAGAGCGAUCAUUCUGGGCUGAAGCAUUUCAUA